GUUGACAGCCACAGAAACUGGCGCUCAGAGGGCUUGAGAGUGGAGCUGUCCCAGAGGCGCUAUGACAGAGGUGGAAGAAACCCUCAAGAGAAUCCAGGGCCACAAAGGGGUGAUUGGAACAAUGGUGGUCAAUGCAGAAGGCAUUCCAAUCCGAACAACCCUGGACAACUCCACAACAGUUCAAUAUGCAGGUCUUCUCCACCAGCUGACCAUGAAGGCCAAGAGCACUGUCAGAGACAUUGACCCCCAGAAUGACCUGACUUUUCUUAGGAUCAGAUCGAAGAAACAUGAAAUCAUGGUAGCCCCAGAUAAGGAAUACCUUCUGAUUGUCAUUCAGAACCCAUGUGAGUAAACCUGCGGUGGCCAACUCUGUCCUCAUGAUGAUGCCCGGAAGCCCUUCACUCCUCUAACCCAUAAAAUUGUACCCUAAUUGAGGUCAGAGAUGUGUUUUCCUGUGUUGACAAUGAAACUGAUCUAUAUGUCUCCAUUAGUCCCUUUUGACUGUGCUGUUGUCUUGUACUUUUGCUUUUUAAUAAAUAAAUUUUGCCAUGUAUGUCCCUGUUUUUAAAUAGCACACAGAUAAACAAACAAACAAACAAACAAACAAAUAAGGUGAGUCUGUAAUGGUAAUGGAGGCACGGCAAUUGGCAACUGACAGAGCCAGAACAGGGAGCUGAGAGCUUGCUUUUUUUUUUUUUCAACCACACACAGAAAGCAGAGUGGAGCACUAAAGAAGCUUCAGAGGAGUGAGAAAUCCCCAAUGCCCAUAGCGUCGGAUGCUCCCAGGUUGAAAAGAACAGGGGAAGCAGAGAGUGUUUCUCAACGGAGGUCAUCAUUGCAGCUCAAUACCUUUGUCCCUCACAAAACCCCUCAGGCUGCUGUGUCUGUGAUACCCAACUAAGGGGACCAAGAGUGGAUGUUGGGCAAAGUUGUGUACACACAAGGCUGAGGAUAAUUUCGGAAAAUUUUGUCUUUGCUAAAUAUUUAAAGCGUUCAUGAAAUGUAAUAAAUGCAACAGGUUCCCAUGCAGCCUCAGUCCCAUGCUGAGUAAAUGGUGAAAUUUUGCUGCGUGUACUUUAUACCCUCCCUUUUUUGUAAGCUGAUAAUUUUGAGAAGUCAUGUGAGAUGGUAACAAGCAGAGAUGGUGGAUGCCUCUUCCUCCAGUUUCUCCCUGUGGCAACAUCUUCCAGAACUCUAAGACAGUGACCCAACCUGGAAGCUGAUACAAUUCAAUCA